AUUUAUUUAUUGUAACUACAGAUGUGGAAUCACCAGUUUUGAUAUGUGGAUCCGAUGUUACAGUCGAAACGGAUACUGGUAAGGCAACAGCUACAGUAAACAUUAUGCCACCCAGUGUAUCUGAUAAUUCAGGGGAAGAGAUCGUUGCUACAAGCAGCCCACCAAUGCCAGCAGAUCUUGUUAUUGGUUCACAUAACGUGACGUUUACAGCUACUGAUUUGGCUGGGAAUUCAGGUGUUUGUGACGUUAUGGUUACUGUUACAGAUAAAGAGUCUCCUUCAUUAGUAUGUGCAGCUAACUCGACAUUUUACACUGACUUCGGCGAAGUAAAUACUACUGUGGAUAUCCCUUCCCCCACGGUAUCCGAUAACUCAGGAGAAUCGAUUGGUAUAUCUACUGAUCCAUCAAUUCCAAGAACUCUUGGCAUUGGAACGCAUACAAUAACAUUUUCAGCUUCGGACCCGUCUGGCAAUACCGACACAUGCAGCGUAACUGUUACUGUUCAAG